AUGUCGUCUGGAAUUAUGCAAGAUAUUGAUGAUUCAAAUGAAAUACAGCAAGAACAAGAGAUGGUAGAUGAUAACUCUCUUAUGAGUGAUAAAUUAGAGGACUCCGUAAAUCAAGUGAAAGUGGAACUGGAUGGAGAAGGAGACGGCGGUGAAGAAGAUGUCGAUGUGUUCGAAAAUGUCGGACAGGGUCUGGUGGGCCACUACAAAGAAAUCAUGAUACAGUACUGGCAAGAACUGAUCAACGAAAUUGAAAUGAUCAAUGAGCCGAACUCCGACGUUAGAGACGAUUUUAAAUCUCAUUCUUUACCUUUCGCCAGAAUUAGGAAGGUCAUGAAGACAGAUGAAGACGUGAAAAUGAUUAGUGCUGAGGCCCCAAUUAUCUUUGCUAAGGCUUGUGAAAUUUUCAUCACUGAAUUGACAAUGAGGUCUUGGUGUGUUUCUGAAAAAAACAAAAGAAGAACUCUACAGAAAAAUGACAUAGCUGAGGCGCUUAAAAAGAGCGAUAUGUUCGAUUUCUUGAUAGAUAUCGUCCCAAGAAAUGACAGUUGA